GAUUUGAUAGAAGAGCGAGAUUUCAAACAUUUCAGCGGCGGCACGCGUCGGAAACGAAAGAGAAGCGUCUAAAUUUGUUGUAAAUACCAUCACACAGACAUCAGACAUGGAGUCUUCUACUGCUAUCAAGUCCCUGAUAUCUUACGGCGGUUCUGAUGAGGAAGAUUCGGACGAGGAGACAGAGGGAAACGUGAAACCAGCACAAAAAGCUGUUGGCCUGGUGGCCUAUGGAGCAGGGGAUGAAGAUGAAGUAAAAGACACCAGCAUGGAGGAGCCAAGAGAAGAGGAUGAGGAUGACUACCUUACAGGAAGAAUGGAAGAGGGUGAUAUAGCAAUGGUGGACAGUGACAAUGAUUCACAGGAUUCUGGUCCUAAAGAUCUUUUGUCAGAGAGUGUCCGAAACAUGAGUGAAGAUGACAUUGUGUUGCCACCAGAGCCCCCUGGCAGAUGUUCCAAGCAAAUGCAGGAAAAAAUAUCCAGAUUGUAUGACCAGAUGAGAGGAGGCAGAGACCUGAACCAGAUGAUCCAGAGAAGAAAAGACUUCAGAAACCCCAGCAUUUAUGAAAAACUGAUACACUUUAUAGGGAUAGACGAAAAUGGGACCAAUUAUCCAAAGGACGUUUACAAUCCACACAUGUGGGGGGAAGAUUCCCACUAUGAAGCACUGGCAAAGGCCCAAAAGGAAGACAUGGCUAGAAGAGAAAAGGAAAAGAAAGACAGAACGAAGGUGAAUGAAAUUGAGUUUCUCACAGGAACUGCCAAGAAGCCAGUCACACAGACAACCACAGGCGUAGCUGGUGUUGUUAAAACAGAACCUGCAGACCCGAUGAAGAGGAAGAGUAAGUGGGACCAGAGUUCUACCCAGAUCCAGACCAUCACUACCACCAAACCUACUGUAGUCACUCUAGCAGCACCAAACACCACAGGGAAAACCACUGUUAUAUCUGCUGUGGGAACUAUAGUAAAAAAGGCAAAGGUUGCUGAUCCCCCGUCCAAAACUGAGAAGAAACCAGCAGAAAAAUCACAAGCAGGUAGUAAGGAUUAAACAGACAAGUCUUCCAAACUACAAGUGAUGAAAGGAACUGAGGCUUCUUACAUACCGGGACAUUUAUAAACGACCUCAGCGGAUUUAGAAGUGGUCAGCAGCUAAGAACAGGAUACUGUUCUAAGGUGCUGUGGUACAAGAUUUAGCCUGGAUUUCACAUCACUUUAUUUGAGACCAUGUUGAGACUAUUGAGGAAUAUCGAAAAUUUCCUAUGGCAAAUUCAUCAACCAUUAUUUACUUGUGACUGUGUAUAUAUGAUGUAACAAACUCAUGGUUUGUCAAAAGUAAAGGAAUUGGUUGUUUGUACGUCGUGGUGUUGGUAGCUCGUCACAAGCAUUGUACAAAGCUUUACCAAAUCCCUAAACAUUAUUAUGUCAACUGUGGUUAUCCGAUAGUCAUAAAGGAUGGUAGCAUAGAAACUGUACCGUCCAAUUAUAAUAAAAAAACUCAUUUU